AUGACAAGCCCUCACUCAUCGCCUUCAACGCCUGAAAUUGGGAGAAUCAAAUCAUGCCCCCCCUUUGUUCCAGCUUUGAUAAUUGUCGAUCUCCAAGAAGACUUCUGUCCUCCUAAUGGGUCGCUCAUUGUUCCCAAUGCUCGAGACAUUAUUCCUAAAAUCAACCAGCUACUCGAUUACCCCUUCAUCGUCAAGGUAGCUACCAAAGAUUCUCAUCCAAAGACGCAUAUAUCUUUCGCUUCAAACCAUGUCGGGAAAUCAGCGUUCUCCGAUUCUUUCACUCAGUCCGACCCGAUGAAUCCAAAUGAAAAAUACUCUAUUAGGUUAUGGCCCGAUCACUGCGUGAAGGGAACCCCAGGAGCUGAUCUUGUCCAUGAGUUGGCUACCGCAAAAAUCGAUAUCUUAAUUGAAAAGGGUACAGAUGAGGCAUCUGAGAUGUAUUCUGGCUUUUAUGACAUGUGGGGUCGUGGAAGCGACCUAUUAGGGGUGCUCAAGGCGAAGAAUGUCACACACGUAUGGGUCACGGGGCUGGCCUUGGAGUACUGUGUAAAAGAGACAGCAAUUCACGCUGCUCGCGAGGGCUUUGAGACCGUGGUUGUGCGGGAGGCCACGAAAGCGAUUGAUGAUACGCAUUGGGCCAAAGUCACAGACGAACUCGCUCAGUCAGGCGUUCGUGUGGUGAGUGACGUUGAUGAGAAGUCAUCGACCUUUGAUAUGAGUUGGGGUACACCUAAAUCGUUCGGUUGA